AACCUCCUCCGAGCUCCGACUAAAAUACACAGAGGAUAGAGAAUAGGGAAAAGGUUUAGGGUUUAAGACCAGGCAAAUAGCGAAGUAGCGAAGAGCAGCGAACCAAGACAGAGAGAGAGAGAGAGAGAGAGAUGGUGAGGCUCACUGCAGACUUGGUAUGGAAAAGCCCCCAUUUUUUCAAUGCCCUUAAGGAGCGAGAGUUAGAUCUUCGAGGUAAUAAGAUAGCUGUAAUCGAAAACUUGGGAGCUACAGAGGACCAAUUUGACACCAUUGAUUUGUCUGACAAUGAAAUUGUCAAGCUGGAGAAUUUACCCUAUCUUAAUCGUUUGGGUACUUUGAUUAUCAAUAACAAUCGAAUUACCCGUAUCAAUCCCAACAUUGGAGAGUUCUUGCCAAAGUUACACACCUUAAUACUUACCAACAACAGGCUGGUCAACUUGGUAGAGAUUGAUCCUCUUGCAUCCCUUCCGAAGUUGCAGUUUCUUAGCCUGCUGGAUAACAACAUCACAAAGAAACCCAAUUACAGGCUGUAUGUGAUCCACAAGUUAAAGUCGCUUCGGGUUCUAGAUUUUAAGAAGGUGAAAAACAAGGAGAGAUUGGAAGCACAAACUUUGUUCUCAUCUAAAGAAGUUGAAGAAGAGACUAAAAAGGUAUCUGCAAAAACUUUCGUGCCAACUGAGGUUCCAAAUGUUUCAGACGUUGCCGAGGAACAACAGACACCAAAAGUAGUUGCCCCCACUCCCGAGCAAAUUAUGGCUAUCAAGGCUGCCAUAGUGAAUUCCCAGACUCUUGAAGAAGUUGCAAGACUUGAACAGGCACUGAAGUCAGGUCAGCUUCCUGCGGAUUUGAAAAUCUUGGAUGAUGAUACCGAGACAAAUAGUGUUAAAGUAAAUGAUGAUAAAAUGGACGUCAAUAGUGAAAAUGAGGCUAAUGCACCAAAAGAUGUGGAUGAACAGAAGAAAGAUGAAGCAGAACCCAUGGAACAGGAGUAGAAGAAUUGGUUCAUAUUCCGGUAGCAUAAAGCUUGUCCUAUUUGAAUCCGUUGGUGGCGACCGGCGUAUUUUAUGAUUGGGAAAUGCUGCUAUUUCUGGAACUGUGUUCGAUAUAUCAGGAACUUCUGCCUUUUAGGCAUGAGAACAACUAUUUUGCCGUAGUCAACUAAUGCAAGUUUUUCCCUUUCUAACAUUUGUCUGGGAGGAGAGUGGGAGCCCGUGUUUGAUUCAGAUCUAUGUAUUCUAUGAUACAAGUUUUACUUCGAGAUUCAAGUAGAUUGCACCAUUUUUAGUCC